AUGAAACUUGAUAAUAUAAGGAAUGAUAAUACUGAAAAUGAAGAAAUCAUUAAUAAAAUAUUAUCUGAUAAAAAUUUCAAUAAAUUUUUUGGCAAAGAAGAAUCUGAUAAAAAAUCUCAAAAAAUCUAUGAAGAGUCUAAUAAAGAAUUUAAUGAAAAGUUUGAUAAUAAUAGUAAAGAUUCUAGCAAAGAAUCUAGUAAAAAGUCUAAUGAAGAAUUUGAUAAAGAGUUUAAUAAUAAUAGCAAAAAAAUCUAA